GUUGCUGAUGCUGGGCAGAUUGCGUUUAUCUCCGCAUCUCUGCUCCGCUACCCUUAAUGCUGCCACUGGAUGGCUGCGCGUCGCAGUUCGACGUGAGAUCAUAUAUUGAGGGCUUCAUCUGAUUUCAGAAAAGAAGAAAGAAAACAAUCAUGACAGACAGUACGACUUCUGAUCCGUGCCCUGUUCCCAAUCCGACUAUUGUGGACCCGUCGGCUGUGCGAAACGGACAAUGCGCCGCUGCCCAGGAUCCGAACCUACCCAAAAGAGGGAGCCAGGACGAUCCUUUCAAUAUGGACCGGGACCAGGAGAUGAAAAUCACAGAUAGCGUUGAGGGCCAAGGUCUCUUGGAGAGCAGCAUGCGCCUGAAGCCCCAUGAAGCUCAGAGUUACAGGAAGAAAGCUUUGUGGGUGUCCUGGAUCUCCAUUGUGGUGACGCUCAUCCUGGCUGUGGCAGGCUUCACUGUAUCCUUCAUGAGACACAGUGCUUCAGCUUUUGGAUUUGCCUUUGACGCGACGUUAGAUGUUCUUUCCUCCAUUAUAGUGCUGUGGCGCUAUAGCAACGCUGCAGCAGUGCACUCUGCCCAUAGAGAAUACAUAGCAUGUGUGAUCCUGGGAGUGAUUUUCAUCUUGUCAUCUAUGUGUAUUUUGGGAAAGGCCAUCCAUGAUCUUGCCACCAAACUUCUUCCUGAAGUGGAUGACUUCCUGUUCAGCGUUUCUAUCGUCAGUGGCCUCAUGUGUGUCAUUCUUGCUGUUGCCAAGUUCAUGCUGGGAAGGAUUUUGACCAGCAGAGCCCUAAUCACUGAUGGCUUUAAUUCUAUGGUUGGAGGCAUCAUGGGAUUUUCCAUCCUCAUUAGUGCUGAAGUGUUUCGACAUCAUCCCACCAUCUGGUACCUGGACGGAACCAUUGGGGUCCUGAUUGGACUCAUCAUUCUAGCUUAUGGGGUCAAGCUGUUGAUGGACAUGGUACCACGAGUAAGACAAACUCGAAACUAUGAGCGCUUUGAGUAAUGCUGGUUCAGAAGAACAAAGAAGACAUCAUAUGGAUCCAGUUAUCCCUCUCUGCUCCUGCUGCUCUCUCAACUCACACGAUACCCAAAACAUCCAGGAAUAAAGUCUGCUGGCAGCCAGUUCAACAUCAUGUAUUGUAGAAUCACCACUCUGACCAGAUCCUAAUAUCCUCAUUCACUCAGCACAACAUUUAAGAGAAGGAAGGAGGAAGAAGAGUGGGCUGGUCAAUGGAUCGGUGUCACUUCUGGCACUCAAGUUAUCGUUCUAGAUGGUUUUAAACAGAGAUUAGCAUUUAAUGGUCACAUCCAUGAAAUUCUAUUAUGCCACAUUUUAUGUUUUUAUUUUUUCUUAAAUUAUGGAGGAAAACAUUAAUUUAUACUAUAUUACUCUCUGUUUAAUGAAA